GGAAGUAAGCGCGCAUUACAAAAAUCGUUGCCCAAAACAGGCAGCAAGCAGACCGUCGUUUCGUCAACGCUUUCUAAUUCUCUAGUUAAUCGUUUUUUCUCUCUAUUAGCAUCCAUGGGUAAAACCAGUUCAAAAAGUGGCGAACAAAGAGUCGAAAAACAAAUCAUUUUUAAGUCAAAUGACGGAAAAGUGUUCAGGAUUCCUGCUAUUUACUACAACGAAAAUGAAAAAAAGCUCUUUGCCUUUGCAGAGAAGCGGAUAUCACGAGAUGAUUCUGACGCAGUGGCGCUGGUCAUGAGUGUAGGACAAGUGAAGAGAAACUCGGGAGUGAAGUGGUCAAAGCCUAAAGAGGUAAUGAAGAAGUGCACCUGCGGAUAUCGUCCCAUGAACCCCUGUGUUGUGUAUGACAAACACACAGAAACACUGUUCCUUUUCUUCAACUAUGUCAAUGAGACACAGUGGUUUCAGCUAAAGCAUCACCUCAACAUGGCCCGUCUGUGCUACAUCACAAAGAAGAAGAAUGACGACAAGUGGAGUGAAUUCAUUGAACUGACCAACCAGGUGCCUGAGAUGAAUAACUGGUCUACAUUUGCUGUUGGACCGGGCCACGGCAUUCAAACUGACAGUGGCAGAAUGAUUGUUCCAGCUUAUGCUUACAUUGGUUCAGAAGAUGAAAAACCAAUUUCACAUGCAUUCUACUUUUAUAGUGAUGAUUAUGGUAGCACAUGGAAAUGUGAGGAAAUGCUGUCUGAAAUAUCAACGGAAUGUGAGAUGACUGAAGUUUUUGGCAGCAGCAAUGGAGACAGCUUGAUCUACUGCAAUGCUCGCAGUUUGGGAGGCCAACGAGUCCAAGCAAAGAUCAAUAAGAGUGGUGUCAGUACACUCACAACUGUCACACCCCUUGAGGAAGUACAUAAUGGUUGUCAGGGGAGUGUGAUUUCUUUUCCAGCUCAGACUGGAGAUGCCAAACCCAAUGAGGAAAAGUGGCUACUUUUUUCACACCCGACAAAUCAGAGGUCAGAUUGGGAAAGACUUGAUCUGGGAGUGUAUGUGAGCACUUCCCCAGUGAGAUCAGUUGGAGAAUUUAAUCUGGUAUGGAGUCAACCCUGGGUCAUUAACCAGGGAACCAGUGGUUACUCUGACCUGACUUACAUUGAAGAUGGCUGGUUUGCAUGUCUGAUGGAGUGUGGAGAGAAAUCUGCAAAUGAGAUCGCAUGUCGGGUGUUCAGCUAUGAAGAGCUCCUGAAGGGCAUUCCAGACUUCAGGAUUUGAAAAAACUGUAUCAUCAUUAUUCAGUAGAAGAAUAUCUUGUGUGGUGUAUUUAGUGACGCUUGCCAGCAAUGCAAUGUAGAACUUAUGUAAAAUCUUUGAGCAGCUAUUAAACAUUCUUUACAAAAUAAAAUGUGAAUUCGCAGAUGUGCAUUAAAUGUCUCCGUUUGGCCACAG